AUGCCGAAAUAUGACGUCAGUUAUGCCACUCAAAUCAAAAUGUUUGCAACCACUCAAUUAGUCGAGCGCUGGAUGGAUAUGCAGAGCACGGGUAAUCUAACGAUUAAACCACCGACACCGAGCUAUUCGCCGAUGUCACCAACUUAUGCCGUAAGAGGAUUCGAUCACAACGACGGACCGUACGGACCGCAAUGUAUCACAUCUCCACCGGCAAGGAAGAGAUGGACGAGGAAGAACAAUUAG